AGUCCUCUGGGCCCGCUGGGGUCGCUGUUGGAAUCUGUAGCAGUGGAAAAACAGUAAUGGCGGCGUGCUGGACGCUUCUGAAGCUGAGCUCGGUAGCGUUCGGUUAUCGGCAUAUGUGUAGAAACGUGUUGCUGAAUCAGAGCCGGGAGAAGAAACGCUGGGCGAAAGCUUUAACUCUGAUUACGGAGAGGAAAAGAAGAAUUGAGGGAGAACCAGCGCCGAAACCACGCAAUCAGCAGCCUAACUGGGAUUACCAUGCUGAGGUGGAAGCUUUCAGUGCACGACUGAAGGAACGUUUCUCGACUGAGCUGCUGAAGACAGCCUUUGUGAGCCCCUGCUAUCUGCGCAGUGAGUUGGAGAGGCGCAGACUACUGGGUCUAAACACUGAAGAUGCAGUCCUUAAUAUCAGAGAGAAUACUCAGUUGAGAGAACACGGACAGCAAUUCACACUAGCUUUCCUCAAGGACUGGUGCAAGAGCAACUUCCCCAGUCUACCUGAGGCAGGUGUGACCGCCAUUGUGAAUUAUCUUACUGGGUCUGAGGUCAUGUGUCACGUGGCACGGAAUCUGGCUGUGGAGGAACUGUCAAUGGCUGCUGAGUUUCCUGUUCCUGAUGACGUCCUGCAGGGAAUGUUCUUUGCUGUAAUUGGUGCUCUGGAGCAGAGCAGUGGUUCUGAGAGGGCGGGCAUUUUUGUCAGGGACUUCCUGGUCACACAGCUGAUAGGAAAGGAUCUGUUUGAAAUCUGGAGGGUGGUGAACCCAAUGGGCUUGCUGGUGGAGGAGCUGACCUGUAGAGGUGUGCCUCCCCCUGAACCACGACUCAUCCAGGCCACUGGCACCAACACGGUCCUUCCACUUUAUUUUGUUGGACUUUACAGUGAUCAAAAGCUGAUUGCUCGGGGCCCCGGUGAGACCUUGCUGGCUGCAGAGGAGGAGGCAGCGUGUGUGGCUCUAAGAAAACUUUUUGGCUAUAUGGAAAACCGCAAACCCUCUGACUUCACACCCCCAGAGCGGAGUCAGCCAGCAGCCACUCAUGCACUUACCAGAUGAUGCGCUUCCAUAUUCGCUUCAUCUCCCUGACGUUUACUUUCUGCAUCACAUGAUGCGGCAGUGAACAAUGCUCUUACAAAAAUGUGAGUUCAUAAAUAAAACUUAUUUAUAUCAUUAUCCUGCUGCUUCAGCCACUGCAGCAGACAACAAAUAUCUGUAUACCAUGAAUUUAAUUGAUACCUGCUUAAUUUCAGUUUACCCAUUACAAAUAAUGAUUGUUCUUUAUUUGAGAGCAUCAGUAAGGCUAAUUUGCAUCUUAAAACUGAAGGUUAAAAUUCCACUAGCUUGAACAUGAGAUAAAUGUUAAGGUGCUUUAUAUUGCGGAUCAUGUAAUCUCAUUGCUGUCCUGCUUGGCUUGCAGUCAUGUUGGCAAUAAACCAGCUCCUUUGGAAUCAAUAAAAGAAGACCUCUUUUGGUUUAA